AUGGUCACAGUGACGGAAAUGGUGAUGGUAACGGUGACGGUGACGGUAAUGGCCAUGGUAACAGUUCUGGUGACGGUAAUGGUGAUGGUCACAAUAACGAUAACGGUUACAGUAACGAUGACGGUAACAAAUAUCGAAAACGAUAAGGGUAACGAUAAUGCUAACGGUGACAAUAACAGUGACAAUAACGGUAACUGUGAUAGUAACGGUAAUGGUGACAGUGACAGUAAUGGUUAUCGUAACAAUUACGGUGAUGGUGACGGUAACUGUCACUAUAACGGUGACAAUAACAGUAUCAAAGAUGGUAACAGUAAUGAUAACUGUGACGGUAAUGGUAACAGUGACGUUGACAGUAAUAGUGAUGUGAGAGUAAUGACGAUUACGGUGAUGGUCACGAUAACGAUAACGGUAACAAUAACGGUGACGGUAAAGAUCACUGUAUCCAUAAUAGUCAUAGAAUGA